AUGCAGCGUAGCACCACCUUCUCGCAGCACCAGCCCGCCAACGCAGCAGACACCGACGACGAGAGCGAUGGCUACGCAAUAUCCUCCAGUGAAGCCGGCGACAGCGACGAGGAAGCACAGAACAGCAUGCACGAAUCCGCGAGCCUAAUGCGACGAGCAUCCAAAGACCUCGAAGCAGUCACCAUGCGAGAAGCCCAGCAGACCGCACAAGCCUCUGACGACUUCGAAUACGCCGAGCCCGAGGGCAUGCUUCCACGAGAUAGGCAGAAGAAGACACCGCACUACAACGAGCGCUUGGAGAAGCAGAUGUCGCAUGUGGAGGCUAGGCAGUUCUACCAGAACCAGCAGCGGCAGAAUACCCUCGAGGAGGCGCAGAUGCCUGGCUUCUACGGGACAGGGUCGACGAGUCCGAUCGCUGGACGUAGCCCGGUCAUGAAGGCGCGGACGUUCUCGGGGUAUGUGGGUGGUGAUGGGGUAGGGCUCAAUCGAACAGCGAGUAUACGGUCAGGACGGAGCAAUCAGGAUAGUGGAUACCGCAGUGCGGCGCCGCUGGGUUUGAGUGAUCCGAAUAAGCCGCCUGGGAGCGCGACGGUGCAGGCGCCAGACCUGGGGAGGUUUGCUGGCAUCAAUGCUAGGACUGCGCCGAGCGAGGACCCGUACUUGAAGGCGGAUAAGGACGCGAGGUCGCAUUCGCUGCACCCGAACUUACCGCACGAGUCGAAGCCGUUGCUGGAGAAGGAGGGGAUCCAUGGUGCUGGAGCGGGUGUGGGCAUUGAGGGUGGGAAGGACUCCAGUGUGACUUCGGAGCUCAACGCUAUCUAUACCAACAUCCAGAAGAUCUUGGACUUCCGGCAUAAGUAUAUUAGGCUGUCGUUGCAGUCUUUUGGAGACGACCCGAAGGAUGAUCCGGACUGGAAGAUCUACCCUCCCAUGCCUGAGCCGGUGUGGCACGAGAACAAGGAGAGAGCGAACGGGGUCAACGAGGAGGAGAAGGACGAGGCGCCGCCUCAGAAGCAGCGCAAGAUGGGCCAUCAUAUUGGUGAAGACUUCAACAUCGACGACUGCAUACCCGUGCCAGAGGCGUCCGAGAUGGUGUUUCGACUGGACGACAGCGGGAUCUAUCAAGUGUACGAGAACGCAAAGUCUGCUGAUCUUGGUGAACCAAUCGUGCACAUCCCAGACAUUCGAGAAUACUACAUGGACCUCGAUGCUCUGUUAACGAUAUCGUCAGAUGGACCAUCAAAGUCUUUUGCGUACCGUCGGCUGCAAUAUCUGGAAGGGAAGUUCAACUUGUACGUCCUACUCAACGAAUACCAGGAGAUUGCAGAUACGAAGGCAGUGCCGCAUCGCGAUUUCUACAAUGUCAGGAAGGUCGAUACGCAUGUUCACCACUCCGCUUGCAUGAACCAGAAGCAUCUGCUUCGCUUUAUCAAGAGCAAGAUGAAGAAAUCGCCGGAUGAGGUUGUGCUGUUCCGUGAUGGAAAGCAUUUGACGCUGAAAGAAGUGUUUGAGAGCAUUAACUUGACGGCUUACGAUCUGAGCAUCGACACGCUGGAUAUGCAUGCUCAUACUGACUCUUUCCAUCGCUUCGACAAGUUCAAUCUGAAGUACAACCCCGUUGGAGAGAGCAGACUGCGGACCAUCUUCCUCAAAACGGACAACUACAUUCAGGGUCGCUACCUGGCUGAGAUAACGAAGGAGGUGAUGUCUGAUCUCGAAAGCAGCAAGUACCAGAUGGUGGAGUGGCGGAUCAGUAUCUACGGUCGAUCGCUAGACGAGUGGGACAAGCUCGCCGCCUGGGUGGUCGACAACAAGCUUUACUCGCCCAACGUCCGCUGGCUCAUCCAAAUACCACGCUUGUACGACGUCUAUAAGGCGAACAACACCAUGGAGAGCUUCGAGCAGGUCAUCAUCAACGUCUUCCGCCCGCUUUUCGAAGCCACCGCAGACCCAUCCUCGCAUCCAAAAUUGCACAUCUUCCUGCAGCGUGUCAUCGGCUUCGACUCGGUUGAUGAUGAGAGCAAGGUGGAGCGCCGCAUCUACCGCAAAUUUCCUCUACCGAACGUCUGGAACACGAAACAGAACCCGCCUUACAGCUACUGGAUCUACUACUUGUUCGCCAACAUUGCCUCGCUGAACGUUUGGCGGAAGCAGCGCGGCUUCAAUACGUUCCUCCUCCGGCCUCACUGCGGUGAAGCGGGUGACACCGAUCACCUUGGUGCAGCCGUGCUGUGCUGUCACAGCAUCUCCCACGGCCUGAUGCUGCGGAAGGUGCCAUUGCUGCAAUACAUCUUCUACCUCGAGCAGAUCGGCGUGGCGAUGAGUCCACUAAGCAACAACGCACUUUUUCUAGCUUACGAGCGGAAUCCAUUCUUGCAGUACUUCCGGCGCGGUCUCAACGUCAGCUUGUCGACCGACGACCCGCUACAGUUUGCUUUCACGAAGGAGCCGCUGAUGGAAGAGUACGCCGUCGCAGCGCAGAUCUACAAACUCACCGCGAUCGACAUGUGCGAGCUAGCGAAGCACAGCGUCGUCCAAUCCGGCUUCGAGCACUCGGUGAAGCAGCGCUGGCUGGGUCAGAACUGGCAUCUGCCUGGUGUGGCUGGGAACGACAUGGCCAAGGUCAAUGUGCCGAAUAUUCGUGAAGCAUUCCGGCAUGAGACAUGGCUACAGGAGGUCGCAAUGAUCGAUCGUUACACCAACGCUCCAGGCAGCUCGCGAUUGAGUGCUGUCAGUCUGCCGAUCACGAACGACAGCAACGGCAGUGCAGUCCCGCCAUCGCCUACGGCGUCUAUGCAUGCGCAUCCGAGUGCUUCGCACAUGGGCGGAGAGGCCGCAACGCCGCGCUCGUACAUGUACCGGCCGAAUGCCAAAGCUUCCCGGCAGCCUUUGCAGACUGAUCUUGGGCAGGCUCAGCAGGACGGCGCUCAUCCUAGUCAGCUGGGCCGUGUUGGCAGCACCACCAUGUCAUCGCCUACUGGCAUGGACCGCCAAUCUCAGUUCCCUCAAGUAAUGCCACAGCCCACGGAUGCUGCGGCCAGCGUCAACGCGCAAGGAGCGAACACUGCCAACUUGCCAUUCGGCAGUAUGAGCCUGCAUCACAGCGAGCCGAGGAUGUUUCCUGGGGUGGUGUCGAGACGUAGGCAGUCUUCGGUGUCCAAAACAGCGAAUCAUCCGGCGGGCGUGGAUGGUGCGGGUCAGCAGGGGGAAGAUCUCAAGAGUAGCACCGGUAGUCUGGUGAUGGGCGGUGGGCUGGAGAGGAGGGAGACGAUUGAGGAGGCUGCUGAGAGUGAAGGCGAUUGA